AUGUACGAAAUCAUUAGCCUUGACCACGUCCAUGCAAAGGUAGAUGCCCUUGUUCAAAAGUUAGACAACUUGAGCAUACCACACGCAGCCACCGUGGCUGCCGUAACUCCAAACUGCGAGUUAUGUGGAAUUCCUGGACACACUGCACCAGAAUGUCAGAUAUUAACAGGAGUCCCCGUUGAUCAAGUAAAUUAUGCACAAGGAAAUCCUUAUUCGAAUACCUACAACCCAGGUUGGAAAAACCAUCCCAACUUUUCGUACAAGAACAACAACGCCUUGUAUGCACCUGACCAAGCACCUGCUGUUCCACCUGGAUAUCAAAAGCCAGCUACUAAUGCUCUUAGCAUGCCUAGGAAGUCCAACCUUGAACUAAUGAUGGAAAGCUUCAUAUCUACCUAA